AUGCAGCUCACGUCGACGCCCAUUUGCAUCUUCUCGCAGAACGGCGCCACCUACGACGAGGUCAGGAAGCUCAUCGCCAACGCGCGCCAGCACGCCGCGCCCGGGGCGGAGAUCUUCAUAACGGGCCAGCCGUUGUAUGAUGCUGGGCAGACGUGCUUCCUCGCGGGACAGGGCGGCCCGGAGUUGACUGAUAGUCUGGCCAAGAGGGCUAGCGAGGACGCGUCGCUGAAUGUCAAGUACGGAGGGACGUUCCGCCUGCGCAAUGGGCAAGUUGCGGACGGGUGCCAUGCGAGUACCGCGGGACAGCAGUCUUUAGGACGCCAGGCCAUUGGGUUCUGGGGUUGA